AUGCUUGGUAACUGGCCUCGGUGCUUGAAGCGCACUUCCGCUAGCUGGAGAUAUCUAGGCCAAGUAGGGGCUCGCCAGUCUUCCAGCGCUUCCCCGCCACCAUUUAAUCCUCGUUCUACUUUCAAAUUGACCAAACCACCUUGUCCUACGUGGAAUCUUGGGCAUGGUCUACCUGCUAGCUUCGCGAUACAGGAAGGACAAGAGUCAGCGCGGAAAACAUGGGAUAUGAGCACUACGCCGUCCAGGGACGCGUAUCGGCUUUUAACCUCAGCAAUAGUACCACGUCCAAUUGCCCUCGUGUCGACUGUGUCCGCGGAGGGACAUACCAAUCUUGCUCCGUUUAGGUUCGCAUGCGCAAUACACCUUGUCUCUCACAACCCACCAAUUGUCAGCAUAUCAUUCUCCCUUUCCCCUAGACGUCCGAAAGAUACCCGGGAAAACAUCCUCAAAACGAAAGAGUUCACCGUCAAUAUCAUUAGCGAGAGCUUUGCGGAGGCAGCCAACGCCACUGCUGUUGAGUCUCCGGCAGACGUCAACGAGUGGAUCGUCAGUGGACUGACGAUGGAGCCCAGCACUACCGUGAAACCCUCGCUUGUGAAGGAAAGUCCUGUUUGCAUGGAAUGUGAACUCUUUAGUUCGCAAGAUAUAUCCCCACCAAAUUCUUCCGACAUUACCACGACGGUGGUCCUCGGCUUAAUUAAAAAAGUCCACGUCUGCGAGUCAAUCCUCGUUGAUGAUGGGACAUCGAUUGACCCCUCCAAACUCCGGCCGAUUGCACGUUUGGGAGGAAGAGCGUAUGGGCGAUUACUCGAAGGGUUUAAUCUGCCUUCAGUAGUCUGGAAAUCUGUCCAUGAGGACUAUCGCAAUCUUGCCAAACGGCAGGUGCCUUGA